AUGGCGACAAUGCGGGCGAGACAUAAGAUUCGAGCUCCCCGUCGGGGACUCGCCUCUUCCCAAACUGACAACUAUGAUGCGGUCUGGGCGGUCCUUUCAGCAUCCCUGACGGAGAUACACACAAAGAAUGCCUCGUCCCUUUCCUUCGAAGAGCUGUAUCGAAGCGCAUAUCGGAUUGUCUUGAUGCAGCGGGGUGCGGACCUUUACAACAAUGUAAAGGAACACGAGGAGGGCUGGCUACAUGGUACAGUUCGGAAACUCGUUACACAAUCAAUCUCGGCAACUCUCAUUCGCGCUCAGAGUCAGAAUGCCUCCGAGUUGCUGGAUCAAUCGAACGAACGGCGGGCUGCGGGGGAGAAGUUUUUGGCUGUGCUGAAAGAGGCAUGGGAAGACCACCAGCUUUGCAUGGCUAUGAUAACCGAUGUCAUGAUGUACAUGGAUCGCAUCAUCGCCCUUGACCACGACAAGCCAUCCAUCUAUGUUGUCUCGAUGGCCCUGUUCAGAGACAACGUCUUGAGCGCACCUGUGCGCCCAGACAGCGAUCUGACUGUUAUGGACAUUCUGAAGUCGACCGCUCUGUUCAUGGUUCAGCUGGAGCGAGCUGGACAUAUGAUUGAACGACCGCUGGUUCGACACUGCACCCAGAUGCUGGAGGGACUCUACGAAACGGUCAAAGAAGAAGAGAGUUCCAAGCUCUAUUUGACAAUCUUCGAGCCUGCUUUCUUGGAAGCGAGUACGGAAUUCUACAGUGCCGAGGGACGUCGACUUCUGGAAAUUGGGGAUGCUACAGUUUUCUGCCGAAUUGCCACCCAGCGAAUUGAGGAGGAACAUGAGCGGGCUCGCACUACACUUUCGAUGCUGACAGAAACGAAAAUUCUUACUCUGCUUGAUAAUGAGCUCAUUUUGAAGAACAUCGAUGAAGUUGUCAGGCUAGAAGGCACUGGUGUCCGACAUAUGCUUGAUAAUAACCAAAUUGAAGCAUUACAACGCAUCUAUACGUUGAAUGCACGCGUUGAUAAGAAGAAGACGGCGCUAAGCAACGCCGUAAAUAAACGGAUCGUGGAGCUUGGCAAAGAAAUCAACCGCGCAUCUGUUGCACCCCUGGGCGGAGCCACAGCCCAGCCCAACAAAGAUGCAGAGAAAGCUAAAAAGGGGAAAGAGAAAGAACGACCGGUCAAUCAACAAACAGUCUUGGCUAUUCAGUGGGUUGACAGCAUCCUGGAACUCAAGCGGCAGUUCGACAAUGUCUCGGCCAAUGCGUUCAUGGAUGAUCAAGGCCUCCAGAGCUCUAUCAUGGCCAGCUUUUCAGAUUUUAUCAACUUGAAUUCCCGGAGCUCCGAAUACCUUUCGCUCUUCUUUGAUGAGAACCUCAAGAAAGGCAUCAAGAGCAAGACCGAGAACGAGGUUGACAUCUUGUUAGACAACGGCAUCACAAUGCUAAGAUACAUCAAAGAUAAGGAUCUCUUCGAGACCUAUUAUAAAAAGCAUCUCUCGCGCCGUCUACUUAUGAAACGCUCAGCCAGCAUGGAUGCGGAGCGUCAGAUGAUCUCCAAGAUGAAGCUAGAAGUCGGAAAUCAAUUCACCCAACGCAUUGAAGCCAUGUUCAAGGAUAUGACCGUAUCUGAGGAUUUGACAACAAGCUACAAGGAUCAUGUCGCCCGCAGUGCCGAUCCAGAUCAUAAGCCUGUGGAUCUGGAGAUCAACGUGCUCACCAGUACGAUGUGGCCCAUGGAAAUCAUGGCCAGCUCAAAAGAGGGAAUUGUGCCAUCAGUCUGCGUUUUCCCUCGAGAGAUAGAUAUGCUCAAGCAAAGCUUUGAGAGGUUCUACCUUGAUAAACAUAGCGGUCGCAGGCUCUCUUGGCAGGCGUCUAUGGGCACAGCCGAUGUACGGGCAUCAUUCCGGCGCGCCAACGGUAAGGUCCAGCGCUACGAGCUUAAUGUGUCCACAUACGCACUAGUCAUCCUGAUGCUGUUCAACGACGUCCCGGAUGGGGAGUCUCUCACCUUUGAGGAGAUCCAAUCGCGCACCCAGAUCCCAUCCCACGACCUCAUCCGCAAUCUACAGUCCCUGGCUGUUGCGACGAAGACGCGUGUCUUGGUGAAAAAACCCAUGUCCAAAGACAUCCAACCCACCGAUCGCUUUUUCUUCAACGAUGAUUUCCAAAGUCCAUUUGUGAAGGUUCGGAUUGGCGUUGUCAGUGGCGGGGCCAAUAAGGUUGAGAACACGGAUCAGCGGAAGGAGACCGAAAAGAAGAUGGCUGAAGAGCGUUAUGGCACCAUCGAGUCUGCCAUUGUGCGCAUCAUGAAGCAACGGAAAACCCUGACUCAUACCCAACUCAUAUCCGAAGUACUUUCCCAACUCUCUUCACGAUUCGUCCCAGAGGUUACCAUGAUCAAGAAACGCAUCGAAAGUCUUAUUGAUCGUGAGUAUCUGGAUCGUGUCUCUGAAGAUCCUCCUACCUACGACUACGUCGCUUAA